UUUAAAUAAGUAUAACCGACUCUGACUUGAAUAUCAUUUCUACAUAUUUAUAAUCAGUCUGUACUGUCAUGGCUCCUAGUUUUAUCUGGAAUUAUUGCUCAAAAACUAACCAUGGUAAUAAAAUUAAGUGUAAUAUCUGUGAAAAGGAAUUUUUAUUCAAUAAGAGUACAUCAACUAUGAUGAAGCACCUGCAAUCGUUACAUAAAAUUGAUGCUCCACCAAACAAAAAUACUCUAUCGCGGAAAAGAGUAAACGACAAUGAAGACGAUAAUUCAGUGAUUCCACCUAAAAAGGCUUUAGUAGCUAUUGAAUCAUCUGCUUCUUCUUCAUCAGUUUGUUUACAAAAUAAAAGCACUUCAGCUCUUCAGUCAGCUUCCUCAUUGAAAUUUGAUUCUCAUCAGGGACCUCUAAAUCGCUGUAUAAAUAAUGCUACUUCUUUUGCUGCUGGAGGCUGGAAACACAACCAAGUUACAACAGCUCUUCUUCAAAUGAUUGCUAUUGACAACAUGCCUCUAUCAACUCCAGAAAGAGCAGGAUUCAAAAUGUUUGUUAAAAAAAUUCAGCCGUUAUAUCGGUUACCAUGUGAACCGACAUUGACCGCUGCAAUGACUCUUAAAUAUGAAGAAUUAUCAAAUAAAGUAAAGAUCGAGCUUCAACAAGCUGAGUCUGUUUGCUUAACCACAGAUAUUUGGACACACCAUCAUACGAUGAAGAGCUAUCUUGGUUUGACAGCUCACUACUUGAAAGGAGUCGAGAUGAAAACGGUUGAACUAGGCGCUUAUCAUAUGGAAGAAAGGAAGACUAUUGAAAAUUUGAGGUCUAAAUUAAGAAAAAUUUGUAAUGAUUGGGGGCUCAAUGAUGACAAAAUUUCUACAUUUGUUUCUGACGGAGGGGCGAAUAUCAAGGGAGCGAUUAAAAGUGAAUUCGGAAGUGAAAAACAUAUUUCUUGUAUUGGACAUGUCAUCAAUAAUAUCGGACAGCGACUUAUUGAAAUAAAUAUAACUCCAUCAGCAUCUGAAUCUGGGAAUAAAGUAGACGACCUACCUUUAAAUGAAGAAGAUAUAAUUGAUGAUUCAGAAAUUUUAGAGUCUGACAAAACUACUCAGCAAACAAUGUUACGUGAUCUGUUGACAAAAGUAAAAAAAAUAGUAACUUUUUUUAGACACAGUGAGAGAGCUACAACUGAGUUGUUGUCAUUACAAAGCAAUUUACCAGAAUCAAAGCGUCUUAAACUAAUCCAAGAAGUGAAAACAAGAUGGAAUUCUUGUUUCGAAAUGAUUAAUCGUUUCAUUGUACUUGCCGAUCAUGUUGGCAAGGUACUCCUUCAGGUCAAAAUGGAUAAAUCAUCAAAAGCUAAGCCUCCUAAUAUGAUUACAGGAGAUGAACUCGAAUCCUUAAUUGAAGUUCGCGACAUUUUAAGUCCUCUUUGGCGAGUUACGCAGGAAGUUUGCGCGGAAAAAAAUGUUACAUUAAGUAAAUGUAUCCCUUUGAUUGCUAGUCUUAGGAAAAAAACUGAAAAUUUCAAGCCAGAUACUUUGAUUGGGCGACAAUUGCAAAAAAAAAUUACUCAAGAGAUUGAAACUAAAUAUGGGAACAUUGAAUCAGUCAAAUUAUAUGCUUGCGCAACUCUUCUUGACCCCAGGUAUAAAAAGUGCGCUUUCUAUAGCAUCCGAGAGUCUGCUCGUGCAAUCACUAACGUUGGUGAUCUGGUUAGGAUUGAGAGAAAUGUAGCAUCACAGGCAACGGGAUCUUCUGCAAUACUUGACGAUGAUGAAGUUACUACAGCCAUUGAAGCCCAAGUUUCUUCAAACGAUGGAAAUGAUGAUGAUGAUAUAUGGUCAUAUUUGGAUGAAGCUGUCAACUAUAGUCAUUCUCAAGCAGAUACUGAUGAAGCAGGUGGAUUGCCGAUACAGUUACGUCAGUAA